AUGCCUCUUAUUCGCAAACGUCGAGCAGAACCAGAGCCUGCCAGCGAAGACUCUAGCUCCGCCGAACCAGAUACCCAGGUCUCGACCGCAAAUGCUCGCCGUCGCAGGCGCACAGAGAUUGCCUCGCCCGAGAGCGACGACGAGGAGGAUGAAGACGACGCGUGUGCGCCGAGCAGCACGGACGUGAUGGUCAAGAAAUUGGUGCGCUUAGCGCUGGCAAGCGAAUACUCUCGACUACCGAUCCGAAGAACGGACAUUAGCGCCAAGGUCCUGGGGGAGCAGGGAUCGAGACAGUUCAAGACGGUGUUCAAUGAGGCACAGGAGGCUCUACGGACGACGUUCGGGAUGCAGUUGACCGAGCUGCCGGGGAAGGAGAAGGUGUCCAUUCAACAGCGACGAGCGGCCCAAAAAGUCGAACGUCCCUCGUCGACAAACAAGUCCUGGAUCCUGACUAGUACGCUCCCUGCCGCUUAUCGGAAGCCGGAAGUCUUGCCCCCCACCAAAGCGCCUAUGGAGGGUAUCUACACCGGAAUAUAUUCUUUCAUUAUCUCCCUGGUUCUACUCAAUGGGGGCUCUCUCCCCGAGCAGAAGCUCGACCGGUACCUGAGACGGACGAAUGCCGAGACGUACACGCCCAUCGACCGCACAGACCGGCUUUUGCAGCGCCUCUGCAAAGAAGGUUAUCUCCUGCGAGUUCGCGAGAUGGACGGCGGCGAAGAAGUGAUUGAGUACAUGGUCGGCCCGCGGGGCAAGAUGGAGGUUGGGGUGCAGGGCGCGGCCGGUCUGGUGCGCCAGGUGUAUGGUCGCCCGGAUCCUGAAGAGGAGGACAUAACUCCCGCCGAAAGGGCACGGACGGAGGAGUUCGAGCUCCGAUUAGCAAGGAGUCUUGGGCUCCGGCAACCUUCGCGGCGAGUGGACGAAGACCGGGCUGACGAGGCAAACACGCCGCAACGGGGACAAACGCAACGACAGUCUCAGCGACAGGCGGCGGAAUCCGAAGAGGAGGAAGAUAGUGAUUGA